AUGGAGAAGCGAAAGCGCCAGGCAGUCCACGGGCGGCGGGGACCGACGGGUGGGUUUCCUGGCCUACCCACGCCCCCCCCGCGGCCGCACCGCAGCCCCGAGGCCGGAGCGGGGCGAGGGGCUCCCGGAGAGGGGUCCGUUACCUGUGCGGGCAAGCCCGCCCGGCCCGCGGCGGAGCGUCAUGACGCGCCAUGCAAAGCGGGCGGGGAGAGAGGGUGGUUUGGGUCAGCCCCGGCGGGGGGCGGCCGCUCUCCUCACCUCCUCUUCGGCCCCCUCCGCCUCCUCCUCCGGAGCACCGGCGUGCUGCUGCCUCCCUCGCUGCGGCGGCCGCCGAGCCGGGGGGGACAUGGCGGCGGGGCGCCCGCUGGCGGUGCCUGCGGGCUGGGCAGCCGCAUUAUCCCGCCGCCGCCGGGCGCUGCCUCCCGGUCGGCCGGGCGGGCGGCGGGGCGGCGCGGGCGGGCGGGCGGCGCGGCGGCAUGCCCCCAGCCGCGGCUCGGCGGGCAGCUGGGCCCGGCCGCCGGCCCCGGCCCGCUGCACGCGCAGCGCCGCUACACGCGGCGGAGGGCGGCAUGGCACUCGGGACUCAUUUUUCGUUUUUGUUUUCUCCUGUCCCCUUUAUCCUUCCAUAGGUUGGUUCAUCUGGCCAUUAUCCACUGUGUCCCAGCUGUAGCACUCUGCUGCAUUGCUCAGCUACCCAGGGAGGUGCUGGAGAUACAAAAUGAUCUUUUCCAGACCCCGCUCCAUCUUGCUGUGUACCUGGAGCAGCCCCACGUGAUCCAGGCACUGAUCCACAAGGGAGUGAACCCCGGGCUGCAGGACCGCAAUGGCAACACCCCGCUGCACCUGGCCUGUGAGCAGCAGCACCUGCAGUGCGCCCAGCAGCUGCUGGGGAGCACAGCCCCACCGGAGGGCACAGCUCAGCCCCACAGGCACCACCAGGACCUGCAGCUCCAGAACUGGCAAGGCUUGGCCUGUCUCCACAUCAGCACCUUGAAGGGGAACAUCCCAAUGAUGUCUCUGCUGCUGGAAAGUGGUGCCAACAUCGAUGUUCGGGAGGGCACGAGUGGGAAGACCCCCUUGCACCUGGCUGUGGAGUGCCACAACCGCAAGGCUGUCCAGUUCCUGCUGCGCAACGGGGCGUAUGUGGAUGCCCAGAUGUAUAAUGGUUGCACCCCGCUCCACCUGGCUGUGGGCCGCAAGGAUGCUGCCAUUGCCGCCAUCCUCUCACACUCUGGGGCUGACACUCUGCUGAGGAACAUGGAGAAUGAGACAGCCCAGGACCUGGCUGAUGGCAAUGAUGAUCUCCUCGCCUUGCUGCCCUUCGAUGACCUGAAGAUCUCAGGGAAGCCUGUUGUGUGCUCUGAAUGAGCAGCUGGACUCCUUUGGCCCAUUGGGCUGCCUCCUUGCUCCGUGCUGCUGCCUGCUGGAACCUUGCCUGCCUGCAGUUCCAUAGGAGCAGAGUCACUCUGGGAGACUUAUUCCCCCGCCCCUCUGCUCUUUGGAGAAGUUUUGUUGGCCUCAGGCUGCCUUCCCAGACAGAAGAAAGUGGCAUUUUGAGCACUACACAGGGGAGGCUUUUCUUUCAGUAUCUGUACACUGCAGCAGGACUGAAUUUCCCCUCCUGGCCAUGGGCCUGACUUGUGGGGGGGUCUCCAGCAUAAACAGGGAAGGAGCAGGAGAGGACUCGUUUUCACACUGUUCGGUGGAUGGAGCAUCCUCUGGCACCCCCAAACGCCAUCAGAAUAAAUGUGGGGUGAGGAGAGUCUACACUCACUCUAAUAAAUGUUUGUUGUUGC